AUCACCGACGUGACGUCGAAGUGCGGGGGCCAGUCCUUCACUCACGAACCGUUUGGGCCCAUGAUAGAGUCGCGGUGGAAUGGAGGGCGCUUACGGCGCUUGGAGAUGCAUGUGAAGUACGGAUGGGGAGACCCAUAUUACUCUGAGGUUGUCCGUCGGACGUUAGGGAAGUACGUAGACGAAGGGCUAGAUGUUGUGAUUUUUGACGGAGAAUGUGUUGUGUAACCGUGUAUUGUAUUGCCUAAAGUUCAUUUGAUAACAUUGGUAUUGAGUGUGUGGCUUUGUUGUGCUGCAUGAUUCCCUCUCGCUGGGAAAGAACGCGUCGAAUGUCCACAGUAUACAUAAAUGGUCAAGGAGGCCACAUCGUCAUGGGCAAGCUUUUCCUGGACAAAGAGGAGUGGCUCCGGAAGCCGAGUCUCCUGGAAAGGAGCACGCGCUGCUCUGGAUGCCUUGGCAUUAUUAAUUUCGAAGAAGACUAUGACGUUGAUGUAUGGACGAGACAUCGCGACUCUUGUAGAGGAAUCGAAGAGAGGAUGAUGAUUACCAUUGCUAGAGCACUGGAGUUUCCGGCACGAGAUAUGGAUGAGUAUGAUAUGCUCCACCGUCAAUGGUUGUGGACCGGACGUGAAGGGGCAUGGCUCGGAGACGAUAACGCUUGGGAAAAUCAAAGACGUUGGGAGACGUCCAUAAUACCGAUGGUAUCUCCAUCGCAAGGGAAACUGAAUAUCACUCUAAGGGAGAAGUCUCAGUUGCGGUGUUGAUGUGGCGCCAUAGGGUCGUUCUGUGCAUUGGCUGCUGGGCCUUGUUUAGUCUGGUGAAUGGUAGAAACUUUCUUUUACCACAUGAGGUCUGAUAGACUCCAAAAAUAGGUGUAGAAUAUGACAAUGAGAGUUAGUAGAAUGUGUAUAUUCAUUCCAGUGGCCGGACACGCCAA